GGAUAACACGGUGGCAUAGGCUGAAGCCGCAACAGUUCAAGGAAGACGCACAAUACGCAAUGUCGGUCGCAUGGAGGGAUGACGGUUCUUCUGCGGUGCAGAGCACUGGGCCGGAGUUUAAGAUUGGUACCAAGGAGUCGAAAGGAUCCCCGGCCAACGCGUUGUACCCGAUGGCCCUCGAGUCUGGGUCCUACUUCGAGGUAAGCUGCCAGGAGAUUGGAGAACACGGCAGUCCCUUCAUCGGCAUCGGCACGGAAGAGAAGUUUGGAGCCGGCUACAAGUGCAAGGGCCUCUUCUACGGUGGCCCGGGAAACUUGGCCGACGGCGGCGCGUGCUGCAAGAGCCAAUGGGGCGACGACGUGAAGAAGGGCGAUGUCGUGGGGAUCUUGGUGCAGGUGAAGGACAGCAAGCUGACUAUGACGGUGUACCACAACGGCCGCUGCAUGGGCCCGGCCUACGAGGUGCCUUACUCCGGGGCCAAGAUCUACCCGGUGGUCCAGGCGCAGAAAGAUGGCGACAUCUUCCGCAUCGCCACGGGGCUGCCGGCGCCGACGGCUCUGACGCGGGAGAAGCCCAAGGGAGGACAUCCGGCCGCCGGGACGUGGACGCUGAAGCAGCUCUUUCUGGGCCCUGAGCUCGGGGAGUUCCCCUUGGCAGCCAAGCUGGAGGGGGCUCCUCUACCAACUAUCACCGUCCUGGAGGACAAAGGUCAGCUGCGCCUGAGCGUCAAAGUGGCCAACAACUUGGGCUUCUCAGCCACGUCCACUCCGGAUGCAUCCUUGGCGCCCUUUGAUGCCCUGACCGUUGGCGCAGGAAUGUCCACCAUGAUGAUGGGGCCUCCGGGCGUGAUGGAGGCAGAGGCAAAGAUCUCCGAAGGCAUGCCCACGGUCCGCAAGUGGCUUGCGAAGGAUGACACGCUGAUCAUCAACGCACCCACCAUGGAGAUGAUAUGCACCUUGUGUGCGGAUGCGGAGAUCGUAACCGAUCGGGAAAUUUGAACACAUCGCGGCAUUAGUUUGAUUGAUAGAUUUCAGACCAAGAGCACUUCACUAGCUGGCUGUUUUGACCUUGGCCUCUGCACAGACGUUGAGCCCAUCAACCGGGCCAGCGUGGCCGGGUGAUUGUUUUCUUUUGGCUGCUGGCAAAAAAGGC